AUGCCUAACAUCGCAGCAAUGGGAACAGUACUAAAUUUUGUAGUUAUGCUAACAAUUCUCAGUCUGUGUCUAAAACUAAAGCCGUCUCCGACUCAUUGUCAACCUGAUACUAGUCUGCCUCUAGGUAAUAUAGCAAUUAGCUCCGAGCUAGCACGACUGCCUGAUAAACUAUGUUUUGUCUGGAUUUCUACCCGAGAUACAAAGUUGAGAAGUUUUAACCUACCAAAAUACUAUCGCUAUGGUAUGGACUUACGAAUCGCCAACGUCUCAAAUCAUGUGCUUAUCUCGAUCUUGUUAGCUGGCGACAUUGCUACUAACCCCGGUCCCGCUCACGUUAAUAACAACUCACCUACCCACCCCGGAGGUUUAAAUGUCCUCUAUAUGAACGCACGAAGUAUCAAAGCUUUCGUUCCCCUUGUAGAAAACCCUUCCAGCAAAGUUUGUAAAAUAACAUUGAUACAGCAGCUGGUCUACAGUAAUUGUUAUGACGUUGUCUGUAUAUGUGAAACCUGGUUGAACGAUUCAGUUAUGUCAUCAGAAAUCCUAACUGGCUAUAACAUUUAUCGCAAAGACAGGGUUGGAAGGACUGGCGGAGGCGUUUUAAUUGCUGUGAAGUCUGACAUUAGGUCCACUCAUCGACAAGACCUUGAGAGAGACAAUGUUGAACUUGCUGUUGUUGAACUGAUUAAGGAUAACAGUAAGUCAGUUAUUCUCUAUACUGUUUACCAUCCCGAACCUGGACCAGAAGACUUGCACAAGCUUAAUUUGUCUCUACAAGGAACUCCUGAAUCAGCGUGUUUCGUAGUUGUUGGUGACUUUAACCUUCCCUCUCUAACUUGGUCACCUGAUGAAUCCGCCCCUACUAACAUCGGCGGGUCUCAGGAGGACAGUGAAUUCUGCGUCCUAACAAAAGAUAACUUCCUCACUCAAUUCAUUAAAGGCCCUACUCAUAUAGCAGGAAACAAACUCGACUUGCUUCUCUCCAACUGUCCGGAAGUUAUCGACCACGUCUCCACUUCUACUCCAGUGGAAAGUAAUUUCCCCUCUGAUCACUACCUAGUAGAUUUCUUUAUACGGCUGAAGUUCAAGCGAGCAAAGCGUGUGCAACGUAAAGCGUACAACUACAAGAGAGCAGAUUUCGAGGCCCUUCGUAACCGUCUGCAGCUUAACGCAUUAGACAUGUCCGCCUCUGAUGAUGUUGAUCUCUACUGGUUUCGGUGGAAAGCAUUAUUUUUAGCUGCAGUAGAAAAAUGUGUGCCUGUUAAAGUUAUAAAAGACACAAACUCUCCUCCAUGGAUUGAUGGAGAAAUCAGGCACCUCCUGCGCAAGAAAUAUCGAGCUCUCAAAAAAUACCGCGAAAAUAGAACUGAACAACGCAAACGUAAACUUAGAUCUCUAAGUAAUGACAUCAAAAUCCUUGUCAGACAUAAACAUCGUGAUUACCUCAACAAAAUCGUGGGUUCUUUCUGUGAAAAUCCAAAACUGUUCUGGAGCUAUCAUAAAGCGGUAUUACAUCAUCGCUCAGGAGUCGACUCUGUCAUUACGCAUAAUGGUCAAACAGUCAAGACGUCCGGAGAAAAAGCUGAGCUCUUUAACACGUACUUUUGCUCUGUGUUUACUUCUCCCAACACCGUGCCCAGUACGAUGCCCUCUAACCCCAAUCGAUCAGAUGUUGAAAUCUCCGAUGUGCAGCUGUCUGUGGAAGAAGUGGAACUUUGCUUGGCUGGCUUAGAUUCAUCUAAAGCCUCCGGUCCAGAUGGGAUUCCUGCACACAUUCUAAAACAAUGUAGCAAGGAAAUCGCACCAAGUUUAUGUGCUUUGUUCAACCACUCUCUGCGCACUGGGCGUUUUCCAGCUGAAUGGAAGAAUGCAGACGUAACACCUGUGCACAAGAAAGAUCUGAAGGAACCUGCUGGAAACUACAGACCCAUCUCUUUAUUGUCAAUAGUUAGUAAAGUGAUGGAACGCUGCGUCUGCAACAGGUUCUAUGCCCACGUGUCACGUCUAAUCACAGAACUUCAGCACGGUUUCAUGCGUAAUCGUUCUUGUGUGACACAACUCCUUCCUGUUCUCCACUCUAUUAGUAAAUCACUCGACCGGAACACUCAAACUGAUAUGCUUUAUUUUGAUCCCGCUAAGGCGUUUGAUUCUGUAGACCACGCCAUUCUUAUCCAGAAACUUAAAUG